AGAGACGUCGGCGCUCGUUUUAGCUGCGGUCGCCGGACCGAACGCCUCGGUCGGCCGUCGGUGACAACGCGCCGCUCGUUCGAAUGAUCUCGGGGUCUACCUCCCGAAGCGGAGCCGUCCGUCGGCGCCAUGGGAAACCAGUCCCGCCCGGGAAAAGGUCAGGAGCUGUUCGACGAGUUUGCGUCGGCGUCCACCUGCGGGGGGGCGCUGCGUUCCUUCGGCCGGCUGUGCGAGCAGCUGCGCCUGGACGCGGGGCUCGCCGAACGACCGCUUUACCGCGCCAUCAGGCGGCGCCUGAGCUACUGGAAGGCCGACGCCCUGUGGAGCAAGUUGGACCGCCGGGCUUCUCGACGGGAGUACUCGCAGAACCGAGCCUGCCGCGACGCCACCUGCGCCGUGAUCGGGGCGGGGCCUUGCGGCCUUCGCACGGCGGUGGAGCUGAGCUUCCUGGGCGCUCGCGUCGUCGUCCUGGAGAAAAGGGACUCCUUCUCCAGGAACAACGUCUUGCACCUGUGGCCCUUCGCCAUCCAUGACCUGCGCGGCCUCGGAGCCAAGAAGUUCUACGGGAAGUUCUGCGCCGGCACCAUCGACCACAUCAGCAUUCGGCAACUUCAACUGGUUUUGCUCAAGGUAGCGCUGUUGCUCGGGGCAGAAGUUCACGUCAACGUAGAGUUCAAGCGCGUGGUGGAGCCGCCUACCGACCAGGGCUCUAGCGAGGUGGGUUGGACUCUGGAGGCGUGGCCGAAGUCUCACGUCGUCAACCGGCUGCGGUUCGACGUGGUCGUGGGAGCCGACGGUCACAGGAACACCUUGCCCGGUAAGGUCGCCGAUCGCGGUCCCCGGGAGUUCUCCCGGAGCCGACGGCGCGUCCCCCCCGCAGGUUUCCGGCGCAAGGAGUUCCGCGGGAAGCUGGCCAUCGCCAUCACGGCCAAUUUUAAAAACCGCAACACGCGGGCGGAGGCUAAGGUGGAGGAGAUCGGCGGCGUGGCGUCCAUCUUCAACCAGAAGUUCUUCCAGGACCUCCGUCGGGAAACCGGCAUCGACCUGGAGAACAUGGUUUACUAUAAAGACGAAACGCACUACUUUGUCAUGACGGCCAAGAAGCGCAGCCUGCUACACAAAGGCGUCUUCUUGCAGGACUUUGCCGACACGGAGCGACUUCUCUCUCGGGACAACGUGGACCAGAAGGCCUUGCAGGCCUUCGCCCGCACGGCGGCCGACUUUUGCACCGACGGGCAGCUACCGCGUCUGGACUUUGCCGUCAACCACUACGGCCGGCCGGACGUGGCCGUCUUCGACUUCACGUCCAUGUACGCCGCCGAGAAUGCCGCCGUGGUCCGCGGGCGGCGCGGCCACCGGCUGCUCGUCACGCUGGUGGGAGACAGCUUGCUGGAGCCCUUCUGGCCGACGGGGACCGGCGUCGCUCGAGGUUUCCUGGCCGCUCUCGACGCCUCCUGGAUGAUCCGCCGAUGGUGUCGAGGGGACCUACCUCUGGACCUCCUCGCCGAGAGGGAGAGCGUGUAUCGUCUGUUGGCGCAGACCACGCCGGAGAACAUGCGGAAAAACAUCGCUCUGUACUCUUUGGACCCGUCCAGUCGUUACGUCGACAUCCGUCCGAGCGUCACUCCCGAUCAGGUCAGACACCUGGUGGACUCGGGAGAGGCGGCGGGGCGGGACCCGGGAACGGGCGACCCGGGAACGGGCGACCUCGUCGACGCCUGGCCGGAAGAGGCCGUCGUUCCGGACGACGUCCGUUCGCGGCCGUUGGCGGAGUCCGAUCAGCUUCUUUUGUGGUGCCGCGAGCAGACGGCCGCUUACCCCGGCGUCGCCGUCGGCGACCUGACCGCGUCGUGGAAAAGCGGCCUGGCUCUCUGCGCUCUUGUUCACCGCUACAGACCCGAGCUCAUAGACUUCGACUCGCUCGACCCGGAGGCGGACCGAGAAAACAUCCGCUUGGCGUUUGACGUCUGCGAGCGAGAGUUGGGAAUUUGCCCCGUGAUGACGGUGGAAGAAAUGACUUCGGCGGGAGAACCCGACGCGCUGUCCAUGGUCGUCUACCUCAGCCGGCUUUACCAGCUGCUGCCGCGUGCCCCGCCCCCUCCGGCGCGGCGGAGUUCCGAGGCUCCGGCGUCGGCCGCCCCCCUCGGCGGACCGGAGCGGCAGAAUUCGAGCGCCAACGGACAUCGUCCAGAGAACGAGCGGACGGCGCGCCGGCGACCCGAGGAAACGGAGGACGUGGACGUCGGACGUCCGGACUCGCCCAACGCUCACGCGCAGACGGCGCACGCCAGCGACGUGUGUUUCUUCUGCCGCGAGAAAGUCUACGCGAUGGAGCGCGGGAGCGCCGAAGGUGUCUUUUUUCACUUUCGCUGCUUUGCGUGCCGGCUGUGCGGCGGCACGCUCAGAGUCGCCGCCUACCGUUUCCGCGCCGUCGACGGGACGUUUUCGUGUCCGCAGCGGUGCCGAGCGGCGGAAGUCGACGACCGGCCGCCGGGACGGCGGACGCCUCGCGUAAGCGCGCGCGUUCCUCGCGCGGGAGCGAUUCGGUUUAACGUCGAUCGUCUCCCACCCCAGACGUCGCCGCGGUCGUCAUCGUGCUCCCGAGCCUCCGCGGAAGCGGAGUGUCGUCGCCGUCUUUCGGUAUUUUCAGUGACGUCGGUGACCCGCGAGCGAAUCGAGCUGGAGAACGACCGAGCGGACGAAGCGGAGGCUGGCCGGUUUUCCCCGUCUCCCACGCCUUUCUGUCCGAGCGCCGACCGAGACGCGUGGACUUCCAGUUCCGAGUCAGGGUCGGAGGUGCCCGAUCCCGCCCGGCGGGAGGAGGAGCUUGGACGCGGCAGCGAGGACAAGGAGGAAGAAUCCAGCGACGGUCCGUCACGUCCGAGUCGUCGCCCCGACGGGUGUUCUCACCGACGAUCGCUCGCGGCGGGCGCCGCCGACGUCGCGACGCCCGGGACUCCGCCGGUCACCGCCGUCGACGAGGUCGACGACGCUUCCUCCUUCUUUUCCCCCUCGCCUUUUGAGAAAGAGAUUUUUCUGACGAAAACGGCGGCGGGAGGAGCUUUGCCUUUCUCUCUGAAGAAGCUCCUCCCGCUGCCCGCGGCUUACGCGGAGGGGGCGGGGCUAAGGGGACGUCUGCAAAAUGCAGAGUCGCCGCCCUCCCGUCGAGCGGAAGGAGCGGCCGGGGCUCUGUGGAAGGCCGUGAUCGGCAGAAACAAGAAAAAGGUCCGUCGAGCCGAGUCCCCGCCGGAGGACGUUGGCAGCGGAAGCUCUCCGGAGCUCGGAAAUGAGGCGAGACGCAAAAAAUCGGUCAGCGCGGACGAACGCGGAGACGUCGGCCUUCGCCGCGGUCCGGACACGGCGGCCGGACGGGAAAGGUCGAACGGGAAGGAGCCGGACGCCGUGCGGGUACGUCCGACCGGAGCGCCGGGAUCCGUCCGGACGUCGACCUCUGUCGCGCCGUCUCGGCCCGCGUACGUUCCUCACGCGCUCGCCUUCGAGCGAGCGUUUCCCAUCAAGCUCCGGCGCCGGCAUUUCCCGCAGCCGGCUACUCCCGGCGAAGGCGACGGACGCUCGUCCCGCGCCACGGAGGUGGCGGGCGUCCUUGUUCGGCCCGAGGAGCCCUCCGGCCUCAGCGUCCCGGAGAGCCUCUUCCGAGGUCUCCCCGCGGGCGGGCGGCCGGACCCCGCCGAGCGUCGUCGCCCGCGGGAGAGCGCCCGCCGGCGAGCCAAAAGGCGCCAGCUCAAGAGGUUGCGCAAAGCGCAGAUGAUCCAUAGGGAGCUGCAGCUGGCGGAGGAACAGCAGCGAUGCCUGGAGGCCGCCGGAGCGGCGCUGGAGAAACAUCUCAGGGGAGACGACCGAGGUAAGGCUCGGACCGCGACCAGAGGAACGGCGGCCGGAAGACGAAGCCUGCCGACUCCGAUCUGCGGCAGGAGAGGACGUCGACGACAAAAGCGGCCUCAUGCGGCUCUGGUUCCGCCUGGUCCAGCGGAAGAACCUUCUGCUUCGGUACGAGUCGGAGCUGGCCAUACGCGCUCGAGAACUGCAGCUGGAAGACCGGCAGAGCGGCUUGCAGCGGGAGCUCCGAGAGAACCUGAGCCUGGACGACCGCCUGAAGGACGAGGAGGAGCUCGGGAAGGAGCGUCGCCUCCUGGAGGAGAUGCUGGACGUGCUGGAGCAGAGGAAGGCUUUGCUGCCCCUGCUGGAGGAAUUGCGAAAAAUGGACGAGCGCUAAGACCUCGACCUCCCGGCCUUCGGACGGGAUCGGCCCUGACCCGCGGACGAGUGCGAAGACCUCGACCUCCCGGCCUUCGGACGGGAUCGGCCCUGACCCGCGGACGAGUGCGAAGACCUCGACCUCCCGGCCUUCGGACGGGAUCGGCCCUGACCCGAGACCGUAAGCGACGCCGGGCUGGCGCCUCAUCGUUGAAAAUUGAAAUGAAUGGAAUAGAAAUGCCUCCGACUGGUUAUUACAGCUCAAAUUGCUCGUUCGGCACUCCAUUCUGAUGAUUUUCACGUCAGAGUCGAGGAUUUUGCCUCGUCUCCCAGUCGAGUAGGCUACGCCUUACCAGUAUUGUUGAUCUUACUUUAAAAAAGGUAGUGAUUUCCCCCAAAAAGUCAUUGUGACUCACUCACCCGUUACUUUUCAUGUUCUACACGUGAUGACAUUCUUUCACAUCAAAGGUGUUGAUGUUUUUCCAUUCAUAAAAACAAAGCAAAUGUAGGUCACACUUUUUACAUUUCUUUGUAAAAAUAUCACCCAUAUAGGAAGUGAAACGCUUUCCAAACUUGAUCUUUCAAAUGCUGUGAGAAAAAAAGCCUCGUUUUUCCUGUUGUCCUGAACCCGCAUUGAACCGUGACUUGUCUGUAUAGUCACAGCCCUAAUAAAUCUCAUUUUCAACAUGCAGGCGACUCUCGUUGUUUUUGGUUCAAAAAACAUCGCGCAAGGUUCACGGAUACGCCAUUCAAGAACAUUUAGGGCAAGUGACUAAAAAAAAAAAAGUCUUACAUUGCAGUAUCCACAAGAACAACACCAACUCGGUGACGAUCACGCACACUCGGCAGGAAAAGAAUUCAUUGGGAUCUUGUCGGACCGCCGAUCAAUUGGCUUGAUUUUGAGCAUUAGAAAGUCUUAUGUUGCCACAUCCUCGUUGAAAGCCUUUUAUUUAUUGAGUUGUAGAUCAAUUCCAGUGUUGUCGGCCAGCAAAAAAAAGGGAACUCUCAGCCCGGCUUCUCGUUACAAAACUGGUGCAAUUGCGGAAAUAAAGAAAGCAGAGGGUGGGACGAUCGGCGGGGGAGGCGCCGGCCCGUGUCCUACGGCUGCGCCGUCACCUUCAGGUCUUUGGCGACCAGUCCGGAAGUUACCGGAUGCAUGGCGGCCCGGCUAUCCAGGAACACCCGCACCGCUUCCUCUCGGUAUUUUUCAAAGUGAAAGACUUCCCUGUAUGGACAGAGGCCACGCGGUGAGAAGCCCCGAAUGAAGA